CAGGUAAAACGCGUGUGUGUAGUAUACACACAGAAUUGAGCGGCAGUAGUAAUAGUUGUACCCAAUAGGUGGGUAGAACUUACGCUGUUUUUCAGACGAUUUUUUUUACCAGUUGUUUUUUCUUCUUCUUUCCGAACUGGAUACACUCAAAAACACUAUGCCAAAGAACUUGUUUUGCGAAGUGAACUUAUAAACGAUUUUGUUGAUGUAGCAUGUGAAUUUAUAAUUGUGCUUUUUUAUUGAAUUUGCAAGUGCCUCCGAGUUGACAGUUUUUUUAUUGCUUGGAUUACCACGAUGAAAGGACAUCGGAUCAGUAACAUGUUAUACCAAACCUAAGUUGGAAUUAAACAUUUUAAAGCCUAAUGGCGCCUACGCCAGGACCUAUUCCAGGGACAGUAGGUCCAAUUGUUCAGGAUGAUCCCAAUUUUAUGAUGACCCCCAAAAAGGGUGCUACAGUCAGCACCAAAGGGUUACUGAAUAUGCCUGGUCAAAACAACUGUUUUCUCAACAGUGCCGUACAGGUACUUUGGCAUUUGGAUUCCUUUCGAAGAAAUUUUCGAGAAGUAUCUAGUCAUGCAUGUAUGGCAGAGUCUUGUAUAUUCUGCGCUUUAAAGGAGCUGUUUACACAAUUUCAAUAUAGCCAAGAAUCUGCUCUGCCCCCUGAUGCCUUGCGUCAUGCAUUGGCUAAAACAUUUUGCGAUCAGCGACGAUUUCAACUGGGAUUUAUGGAUGACGCUGCCGAAUGUUUUGAAAACAUUCUUCUCCGAAUUCAUGUUCACAUAGCUAACCAAGAAGGCGAUGAUAUGUGUGGUCAUUCCAACUGCAUUCCUCAUCAAAAGUUCGCAAUGACAUUGGUUGAGCAGCGAAUGUGCCAAAAUUGUUCUUCAGCAUCAGAACCUCUUCCUUUUACCCAAAUGGUACAUUAUGUUACAACAUCAGCCUUAUGUGCUAAGUCCACAGAAAUGUUGAAUGAAUCAAGUAACAGACAACUGACUUCAUUUGGAAAGUUACUGAGAUUAGCCGGAGAGAUGGGAGAAAUAAGAGAAUGCCCAAGUGGUUGUGGUGGCAGUAUCCAGUCAAAGAAAACUCUCAUGAAUUACCCUGAAGUCGUAAGCAUUGGUCUAGUAUGGGACUCUGAAUCACCAACACUUCAGCACAUCACUGAUGUUUUCCACAGUAUUGGAAUGUACCUGGGCUUACAAGACAUGUUUCAUAACGUUUAUGAUUCUGAAUGGGCCAAUGCUACAACUCAUCAACUGGUUGGAGUAGUUACCUAUUAUGGAAAGCACUACUCAACUUUUUUCUUCCAUACAAAAUUAGGAGUUUGGAUUUAUUUUGAUGAUGCUACCGUAAGAGAGGUGGGGCCAAGCUGGGAGCAAGUUGUUGAAAAAUGCCAAAAGGGGCGUUUUCAACCACUUUUGUUAUUAUUUGCCAAUCCAGAUAGCUCAUUUUCAUCCAUGAAACAAGAUCAUAUUCAUCCGAAUGGUGUUCUAUGUGAUCCUUGUAACAAACCUUCUGUGAUGAACCAAAGACAAGCUGUGAUAAAUCAAUAUCUCAAGUUCCAAAAUUCUCAAAUGGGUUCCUAUUCAAAACCAAAAUAUGGUUUAACAAUUUGUGCUAAAGCUCAAGAUCCCUAUGUGAACAAUUACAUGCCAGACAAGUAUUCAUCCAAUGCACAUAAGAUCGCAGAUCAAGGACUUACGAUAAAAAACACAGGAUCUGGUGCAAAUUUCAUGAACUAUGCUUAUGAAACGAAUCACAAUUCAAAUUUACCAGUUUACAGCAAUUUGCAGUAUUUAAACUCUUUACAGCAGUCAAAUGAACAUGCUGACUUUUCAAAAUUGCCUCUGCCAGCAAACUUACCAAGCAAUGGUACCAGAAGCGUCAUACCCAAUGGAGAUUUGCAAAUGUAUAAUGCUCUUGAUAUUUCUAAUGCAGUUAAGGAUUUUGAUGCAGCAAAAGACAGUGAUUCAGCUUUUACUGAAGAAGAUGCUGAAGUGAGUGACAUGUACAUCAGUAGGAAAGCCGUUGAAAGUGUUCUUAAUCACCAAAAGAGACAGAUGACUUUGUGCAGAUCGUACAGUCAAAGUGCUAUUGGCAACAGGAACAGCAGUAGUAGUUUAGAGUCAUUUGACAAUGUUCAGUGCAGUAAACCCAGUCCACUGAACAACCAGCUGGACAAUGGGCUGAUUCGUAGAGAUUCUGGAUCUUGGGGUAGUGACCGUAACAGUUCUUCAAGUUGCAACUCUGCUGAAAAUCCUUUCUUAGCUGUGGUUGCUUCGAAAAGGUUGCUUUUGGGUUUAAAUAAAAAACCACAGCUUCAAGACACCAAUUCUUCUGAUCAUGGAUAUGAUUCUUUCUCAGUGUCCAGCUCUGAUAGUUAUCCAUCAGUUAAUGGUUCUCCUGUUAAGGUUGAGCCAAGAUUGACGCAGAUACCUGAGGAUUGGUUUCCUGAAGAAGAAGAAGAUAAUGAUUUGAACAAGAAAUUGAGUAUUGUAACUAAAGAUGAUUCAGGACCACCUGACUGUGAUAAAUUAUGUGCUGAAGCUGAUCUUUUGCUUGCCAAGUCUCACGAAAAAGAAAAAGAUGGUGAUUUAGUAAUGGCUGCCUUAUUGAGUGAUUCAGCUGCUGCUCGAGCAAGGGCUGCCAUGGAAGCUCCAUACAACAAUUCUAAAUCUUUAAUUUGUGCAAAAAAGAAGCACAGCACUUGUGUGAUGAGGUCUUCUAAUUUGUACAGAAGGAUAAAAGACCACGAAUUGGAUGAAAGGCGAAAACAGAAAAAUCACAUUGGGCAUCACAGUCGACAGUCAAGUAGAGAUAGCACACACUCUAAGCACAGUAGGCAAAGUAGCAAAGACAGCACUCAUUCUAAAUCUGGAAAUAAAGAGAACUCUCCUAAUUCUGAUGAUGGUGAUAAUUUUGGAAAAAAUAUUGAAAUUUAUGGAACUUUGCCUAAGAAAGGAAGUAAGAAGAAAAGUGCUGCUUCUGGAUCAACAAAAGCCAAAGAUGACCAAGUUUAUAAAGAUUUCUUAAAUAAACAACGCAAGAAUACAAGUCUUAGUGAGGCUUUGAAUGAAACAAUGUUGAAAAAUGUUGAUCAGCCAAAAAGUCUAUCUGAGAGCAGUCCCAAACGGAAAAGUCACUCAAGUAAUGAUAGGAAAAGCUUUGAAGGAGUCCCAGCUAAAUCCCCAACUCGUAAGAAGGAUACCCCACCAAAAGGUGAUGGUGAUGCAAAGAAAAAACCUCCCAAACCACAACCUUCUCAGGUUCCUCAGGCAAACAGUCGAAAUUCUGCACCUGACAUUGGAAGUAGAGACCUGCUCUCACCCAUUACAACACCUGAUAAAAAGCAACACAAAAUUAAAAGGAAGUUAAUGGGUAACUUUAUGAAACGCAAAAAUCGGAGCUUACCAGAUCUUAGGGAGGAUUCUAAUUCUACAGAUCAAAUAAACUGUUUCCUGGAUGAUGCCUUAAUAGAAGUUCCAUCUAACUCAUCAGGUGUGAAGUCUAAAUGCAGCCCCAACGAUACUAAAACAGCCCAAAUCAAACGGAAUGUUUAUCAACCCCAUCAUGCUCUUGUAAAGAAGGACUUAUCACAUAGAGCCCUACCAUUGAAAGUCAAUAUUCCUAGUGUCCAAUCUCCAGCAUUACCAAGUCCUAAACUCAAGUUGAUUCACACACUUCCCUCAAUAGGAAAAAAACCUCAAGAGCCUCAAAUUGAAACUAGUUACAAUACAAUUGCAAAACCUUCUAAAAUACCUUUUAUGACAAGUACAUUAAAAUGUGAACAAAAUUUACCACCUUUACCAUUGUAUAAACCAAUUGAUGCUAGUUAUCCUAAAACAGGAUUAAUUCCAUCUGCAAUUCCAGUUUUAACCCCUCAAAUUCCACUUUCACCCAUCAAACCAAACACCGUACCAAAAGAUUCAUUUUCUGUAAAUAAUUAUCAUCAAAAUUCUGAUGAACAAGCUAAUGAUUUGGAUCUUCCACAGCCAACCAAUUCGUUCCUUGCUGAAUUACAAGCUAAAAGAAAACAAGUUUUGAACAAAUCGUCACAAAAACAAGAAUCAUCAGUUAAUAUGAAUCAGCAGAAUUGUUCCAGUAGCAUUGAAAGGGAAGGAUUGUCCAUGCUUCCAAAAUUAGCCAUUCAUGGAGAAGGUACAUCAUGGCUAAAAGAAUUGCAGAGCAAGCAACAACAAUUUUUGAGCAAACAAGAUCCAAUAAAAUCUAUAAUAAAGCCAAACAAUCUUGAUAGAGGAAUGAAGCCCCAAAUACCUAACAAAGCUGUUGAAUAUCAGAGGCAAGAACCAACUAACUAUUACCAAAAGAAUUGGAAGCUUCUCCCAGAAAGUAUUUCUGAAGUAGAUGGAGUAAGUUCUUCAAAUCUUAGUGCAGGUCUGCAAGUUGAAGCACCCAAUCAAGUGCAGCAAAUUCAAGCUAUAAAUAAUUCCAUCCUGAAUCAUCAAAUGCAAACUUCAAACUCAUAUGAUAAAACUCAUCAAGUGCCUCAUGCAACUACAUCCAGUCAGAUUCAUCAAGUGCCAGCUACAAACACAUCCAAUAAGUUCCACCAAACGAGUCUCACAAAUACAUCCAAUCAUAUCCUCCAAAUGUCUCAUACAAACGCAUCUCCACUGCCACCUUAUACCAAUACAUCCAAUCAAAUGUCCCUGACAAACACAUCUAAUCAAAUUCAUCAAUUAUCUCAUCCGAGUGCAUCCAAUCAGAUCUCUCAAGCACAAGCUACAAAUAGAUCUAAUCAAAUCCAUCAAGUGCAAGCUACAAACACUGCCAACAGUGUUAAAAGUUUGGCUUCAAGAUUUGAAAAAGUUCUUAAGCCAGUUGUCCCACAAUUACCAUCUUUUCUGAAAAAUGAAACUGUUGAAAACAGAAACCUAACUGUUCAACCUAAUGUAUCUAGUUCUCGGGAUUCAAGAGAGUCAAGUGUGGACAAUCAGAAUACAACUCCUGAUGCACAAAAUUUACCUUGUGAAUCAUUGAUUAAAACUGAAAUUAACUGUGUGCCUUUGAAAUCUGCUUUAAAAGUUAGGUCUGAUUUUAAUUAUAACAACCCUAGUGAGAUUAACUAUCAAAGCUCAUCUGAUAUUUCUGAUAGUCCUUCCAAAAUUAUCAAAUCCGUUUUGAAACCAACUUCUCAUCCUGCAGAACUUCAUGCAGUUGGAUUACCACUUGCUGAAAAUAGCGCAUCACAAAGACCAGUUCAACCUCCUGAUUACGCGACAGCUUUGCAAAGGAUUGGAAUGAUCAAGACCUCACCUAGCGAUGGAGGUUUUACUCCUAUGGAACAGCUAAGCUUAAGCAAUCCUCCAAAAAAGAAACAAGGGCCCAAGAAAACAGUGACAUUUUCUGACGAGGUUGUUCUAGUUGCUUGCGCAGAAUAUGAUGAAAUUGAUUUCUCAUCGAAUCCUUUGUUUGAAAGAGUUUAUCAACAGCAUGUGGAAUCAGGAAAAGGUGAAAUACCGAUUUUGAGUAACAGUUAUAGUAAUAGUUACCCAGUGGAAAGUGGCAGGAGCUAUGACUAUGAAAAUUCUGAUUCUGCAAACGUUAAUUCGCCAUCCUCAUGCAAUUUGUGUCAUAGUAAACCUGUCACAUCUCCUAAAAUUUACUGCACAGACUGUGAGUUCUAUUUAUCACGGUUCAAACCAAGUGACUGAACUUUUUAAUUACAUUUAUAACUGUUAUUGUUUUUUUUCAAUUGUUUAAAAUUACUUUAUUUUCAGCUGUGAUAGAAACACAUCCAGGUUCAUAAUCAAACGCACAAAAAGCUUCAUUUCAUUUCCUAAGAGUUAGACAUAGAUUUUGAAAUUCAAGCAACCGAUUCUUUGUUUCAACUCAUUUAUAAAAUUUAUAAUUCAGUUUGUAAAACUUAAAAUUUGAAAGACGCUUUUGUGGAGAUUUGAAUUAAGGAUGAAAAAUCAAAUAGCAAUUUAAAGUUGAAGUUUAUUUAUUUAAUAUUUUUCUAUAAUAUUUUAUUGAUUGCGGUUUUAUUAUUGUACAUAAAAGUGCAUAUAAAACAGAUUGUUAAAAAUUAACUGAUUGUGAUAGCUGUUAAUUAUUAUAUUGUUUUUUAAUUUAUGUAUAUUUUUGAGUUCCAUCUGAUCUCACUGUUUUAAAUGCACAAAUGCAAAUGUUUCACUGGCACAGAAUGAUCGAUUUCAGUUUCAACUCCAUACAUACAUUCCAGUUGUGUAUAUAUAAACUACCAUGGUACAUCAUACUUGUAAAUAUUUUUAAUGAUCAUAUCUUUACAAGUGCCAAAGAGACUGUUUGUUAAUUGUAAAUUAUUUUUUUUAAUGCAAAAAAUAAUUAAUUGUUUUUUUUUUCUCUCUUUAUAAUAAUGCUCUGUUGUAUAAAGUUUAAAAGCUUUGUAAAUAUUUUUAAUAAAACAAUGAAAAAUUUA